UCCAAGCCAAAAGGUUGUGCGCCUCGCAACAGCAGCAACAGGAGCAACAGCAACACUGGCAACACAGCAACAGCACGGCAGCAACAUCAACAGCUCAGCUCAAUCACAGUAGCAAUCUGGGAAACGUGCAACAAGUCACAGGACAAUAGUUUUUUUUUUCAAAGUGCCAAAAAAAACAUAGUGUGUUUGUGUCUCGAAUUACUACUAUACAUUACAAGAGUACAAGAGUAUUUUUUUUAAUUUUUUUGUGAACCGAAAGCAAUGCAAUAGUUAUCCGAGCACCCCCAUCGAAUCACUCAAACUACCUGAUUACCACGGAAGUACAACAACUCAGAAGUCAUACAUACCUGAUCUACUCACCACUGAAUCCUUAAGCCAUACUCAGAGGACCUGACAAGCAACAGAUGCUUUAACAUUGAUCAUAUAAAUAAAACAAAUAAGAAAAAAAGGAAGAGAAAAAGCGGCAGAUGCCAGGCUGAUUUUAAAUGCCAAAACCCGGGGAGAAGAAAUCCUAAGCCAAAAAGGUAACCAGAACCCAGGAAACCAAGCUCAAACGAGGCAGCAGCCAGUUAAGAAGACAAAAUCAACAUUGUAUCUCUGUGUCUCUGUGUGUGUAGCAAACCAAUCAGAACCCCCCUCCCAAAAGCCCCACUAAUCAAAACCAAAAACACAGACCUAAUCACCGCACUUUCGGCUAGCCGAAAACCGAAAAACCGAAUAAACGAAACCCCCGAAACCGCAUUAUAACCGCAUCGAAUCGCAGAAAAAGGAGGAUUUAGAAGGCUGGGGCGGCAGGAGCCGAAGGAUACCUAUAACUAGACCGAUACCGCUCACUUCCGAGGAUCGAACAUGCGCCAUGUCAAAACUGCGGCAUUACCGGUCCAUGGAUCAGCCCUGCAGCAGCACCUGCGUGGUCAUACGCAAAAAGACGAUGACGGCCAUUUGCUUCGUGUGCAACCUGCCCAUCAUGUCGCACCAAGUGGGCUUGGUGUGGCAGGGCGGCAACGGCUGGGACGAUCUUGUGCGCGAACAGCUGGAGGAGUCGACCAUCCGGCAGCGGCUGGGCGGGCGGCGGGACUCGGCGGCGCAGAUCACCACCCCGCCGAGCACGUCGCCGCCGCCGGGCCUGCAGCGCCGCCGUCGCAGCUCGCUGGCCCAGCUGACGGACAUCCUGCGCGAGUGGAGCGGCGGCACCAAGACGCAGCAGCACCAGCACCACCAACAGCAGCAGCAGCAGCAGGCGUCCCGCUCCAAGGCGCAGCUGAACCGCCGCGAGACGCUGGCGGACCUGGCCCGCAGCCUCCCCUGGCGCACCUCCACCACCACGGACGCCAGCACGGGGGCGGGAGGGGGUGGGGGCUCGGGCGGAGGCGGCUGCACCACCUACAUGGCGCCCCGCAAGCGGCGGGAGUCCUCCGCGGACUCGGGCAUCCGGAGCAUGCGGUCGCGCCGGGACUCCAAUACCGCCGAGUUCGUGCGCCACUGGAAUCGCCGCGAGAGCGGGGCAGUUGAGGAGCAGCCCAGCAGCUGCGUCGCCGUGCCCGUCGUCGUCGAGUGCUCUAAAAGCGCUUCCCGGCGCGGAUCCGGUGAGAGCUACCUGUCCGGCAGCCGGCGCGAUAGCAACGUGGCCGGGCGGGUGACCACGCCCCCGCCUCCGGGCAAAUACCAGAUGGCCAAGAAGCGCGACUCGCUGGCCGCGCCGGAGUUCCCCAAUUUCCGGCAGGAGCAGCGCCCGUCCACCAGUUCCGCCGGCUCCUGCUCGGACCACUCCAUGCCCCUGAUCUCGACGCACUCGAGCACUCACCACCUGGCCCACCAGCAGGUGGACUCCGCCUGCCAGGCCCUGCCGCCGCCGACGAUCAUCACCAGCUCCGUGACGCCGCCGGCGACGAGUCCGACGGCGCCGAAGGGUCGCCGCGAUUCGCAGACGCAGUGCGGCCGGGUGAAUCGCCGUGACUCCAAGGCGGGCGUCAGUCCGGAACGUGCGCCACGCCUCCAGCGCCUGCAGCGACAGGCGACCGCCUUCGACGAGGGUUGCCUGCCAGGGGGCAGUAGGCGUGGCUCCCAGCCCGCCCUCAGUCCCGAUCCGCCGGAUGACUGUGGUGAGCGGAGGACCUCGAGGCGGGACUCCCUAUCGCCGGACAGCGCCUCACGCGGCGGUCGGAGGGAUUCGAGGACCCACCUGUCACCGGAUAGAUCCCAUGAGCGGGACGGCAGUCCAAGGCGACACACGCUACGCCGGCAGAGCAGCUCGGCGGCCAGGUCACCAAGGUCGCCGGACUCGAACAGCUGCUGCUCCUCGCGGGAUCACAGUCCCAGCUCGCGGCCACAGACGCAGACCACCGUGGAGCAGAAUCAACGGCCAGCGAUCCGGAGGCAGUCCACCACCGAGGAGAUCCUCAUCGCCCGGGGAUUCCGGCGACAGUCGACCACCGAGGAGAUGAUCCGCUGCAGGAACUUCCGGCGGCAGAGCUCCCAGAGCGACGACGUCUGUCGGUAUCGCGGCAGACGUGACUCCUCGGCGCAGAUAAUCGAUGGAACCAUCGGCACGAUGACCGUGGAGACGACCAGUACAUUUUUCGACUCCAGCACCCAGACAGAACCAUCGCCGCUCUAUGACAACAACCACUAUCAUGAGGAGUGCCUGCGGUGCAAUUCCUGCGGCCUGAACCUGACUGGGCCCAAUCAGAAACGGGCCAGGAGAUUUAAGAACCAGAUCCUGUGCGACCUGCAUUUCGCGGACGUGGCCCUAAUGGAGUGCUCCGAUUUCAUGCAGCAGCUGCGGAGCUUCAAGCCGCAAUCCUUGGGCUGCGCGGUGGCCAGGCGCAAGAGCUCCACCACGCUGAUAUUCCCGCUGCCACCGCAGGCCUGCUCAGAUGAGUUCUGCGAAGAGUAUCCGCAUAACCUGAUGCCCACUCCUGGUUAUUGGAUCGAGUGCUCCCGCCAGAAGAUCUCCAUGCCCACGCCGCACACCAUUUGGGAUGAGAGCGACUCGGAGCACGAGGACAUCAGGGCAGGAAGUGCCAGCGAUGCCUACCUGGAGCGCGAGUGCAGCGAUCUCUACGAGGACGACGAGGAUUCGGAGGCCACGCCCAGUCCCCGCAAGAAGACCACCAUCGAGGAGCAGUGGGACCAGCAGGGCGCCUUCGAGCUGAUCUCCGUGGAGCAGGAGACGUACGAGAAGUACUUCUAUGGCACCGAGCACUGGAACUACUUCACCAGCGACGAGGACCUGGGUCCGGUGAUCCUGUCCAUCAAGCAGGAGACGCUCAACGGACGGGAUCAGUUCCGCAUCCUGGUGCGGGCUGGAUCCUACACAGUGCAUGGACUGAUACCGGCGUCCUGUGUGUUUGCCGAUAGAUAUAAUCGCGAGGAGGUAGUUAGAUCUUUAGGUAAAGAAGUUAAUUUAAAUCCACCCUUAACGUUAGGACAAUUACCCGAUACGCCAGAGGAAUUAUUAAAAUUAGAUCAGGUUUUUAUAAAAUCAGAGUUAAAAGUUGGCGUCAUAUUUGUCAAAGAGGAUCAGUAUACCGAAGAGCAAAUUCUGGACAAUAAUGAAAAUUCACCGCUCUUCGACGAAUUCCUCACGCUACUGGGCGAUCGAGUCCGGCUGCGCGGAUUUGAUAAAUACAAAGGUGGCCUUGAUACGGUGCACGACCUGACAGGUCUCUUCUCCGUCUAUACGAACUGGCGCAACAUCGAGAUCAUGUUCCAUGUGUCCACCUUGCUGCCCUACGAGAAGCACGAUCCGCAGAAGCUUCAGAGGAAGCGCCACAUUGGCAACGAUAUCGUCUGCGUGGUCUUCUUGGAGGCGGAUAACACCCGCUUCAGUCCCGCCUGCAUCAAGAGCCAUUUCCUGCACACCUUUAUCCUGGUUCGUGUUUCGGCCAGGAUCAAGCACAAACCAACGAGAUACGAGGUAUCCGUGGUGACCCGCGACGAGGUGGGUGCCUACAAGCCCUACCUGUGGGAGCAGUCCGUUUUCGAGAAGGGGCCGAUGUUCCGGGAAUGGCUGCUGACGAAGAUCGUGAAUGGGGAGAGGGCCUCGUAUUCGGCACCGAAAUUCGCCCGAAUGCAGGAGCGAACCCGGUCGCAGAUGCUCGAGGAUCUGGUGAUGAAUCUAUCGAAUCAUGCGGAAACUGGACAGAUACCGAAGCCAUAUAGACGGGGCAGUUGGCGACCGAUCGGUCACAUGCGACCGUCGUCACCACUUCUGGAUUCCGUUCGCGAUCAAUUCGAGGACUACGACCAGCUGGCCAAGGACUUUACCCGCGUAUUUCUAAACGAAGAACCGUCGUGCCUGACCAACGCCCAUCUCUUCGAUGUCGUAUUCCUGGUGGGCCAGUCCAAACAGAAGGCUCGAUUUAUAGGGGUCCGGGCGAUCCUUGGUGUGCGGAGUAGAGUCUUUCAGGAAAUGCUGUAUGGCAUUCAGACGGGCUUCGGAUCUCCGCAGAUUCCCGUGGCGGAGAUCUUCGCGCGGCCGGCUCCCUCGCUGGUGUCCCCGCAGAACCAGAAACCCAAGAGCAACAACUACCUGACCGUUCCCGACUCCGACUCCAUCCGGCCGAAGAGCGUGCCCUCGUCGCCGAUGGUGAAGCGGGCCUUCUCCCGGCUGGGCACCAUUACGGCCGGAUGGGGCAGGUCGAUCCGGAACAAGAACACCAACCAGCUGAAUCCGGAUGACAAGAAGAAGUGGAUCUCGUCGACAGAUUGUUCGAACAGGGACAGCAAGGACAAGGACAAGGACAAGCCGGGCAACAACCAGCUGGCCGUGCCACGCCUCUCCGUCUGCGCCGACGCCCAGAAGGUCGAUCGCGCCAAGCUGGCCCAGACGGAGUUCAACAUCAUCGAGUUCGACCCGGACACGUUCCGGGUUCUGCUCGACUACCUGCACACGGGCACCUGUCCGCUGACCUGCGUCUCCAUACCAGGUCUUCUGUGCGCCGCGGAGCACUACGACCUGCCCGAGCUGCUGCAGGCGUGCUUCCACCACUGCAAGCAGUUCCUCCGCAUCGAGGUGGUCUGCCCGAUGCUCAUCUCGCUGGAGAACUACUACUGGCGCUACACAUCCGCCUCCGAGCUGGUCAACAUGAUCCUGUCGUUCGUGGAGAGCAAGGCGCACUCGCUGUUCAAGUGCCCGGAGUUCCUGCAUCUCUCCGAAUCGAUGGUCCAGAUGAUCAUGUGCCGGGAGCUGCAGACGCCGGAGAUUCGGAAAUUCGAGGCUAUGUUGGCGUGGGCCCAGCACAAGGUGGGCAAGCUGAAGAACCAUCCCAACAAGGACACCCAAUUCGAGUUCGAGUGCAUUAUGGAGCGGUUGACGCGGGAUCUGAACCUGUGCCGCAUCUCGCCCAGCGAACUGCUCACCGUUGUCCUGCCCUCCAAGUCGAUGAAGAACGAACGCAUCAUGGAGACGUUGAUGGUGCAGGUGAAUUUGGGCACCUAUAGGAUGCCCGAGUUGGAUGCGUACCGUCAGCAGUUGCGCCAGCAGGAGUCCGCCGAGGCCACCGUCCAGGUCCACCGGGUUGUCCACCAGCACCAGCAGCAACACCACCAACAGAACCACCACCAUCAGAAUGCGCAACCCAUCGAUGCCCGUGCUUAUGCCAUGGCCUCCCUGGCCGCCGCCCUCGAGAUGCAGCAUCCGCUGCAGAAUCCCCAUCCCCUCCAGCAUAAUGCACCCCGCGAUGCCACCGACGAGGAGGUGGAGCUGUAUGCCAGCUUCGAUAAUGCACCGAGCACCAGCCGGGUGGCCGCCCAGAUGCAGGCCGCCAAGGAAGCGCGCCGGAAGAGAUGGGCGGCCGAUGGGGCCAGCGGGAGCAGCGGGGAUGGCGGGUGUGCCAGCGGCAGCAGCGGCAGCGGUCGGCGGUACUAAACCAACGGGUGUGACCCUGUGUGACUGAGUCAAAAUGUAAACCUAAUAUGCAGAAAUUCGCCAAACCUUUAAUUGGAAAAAAAAGCUAGAACCAGUUGGGAAUUAUAACAUCGUAGAAGUAAAAAAACUUCUUUGUUCUACAAAAAUGUUCUAACCUUCAGACAAAAUUCGCCAAAAAAAUAUAAAUACAAUGUACAAAAAACAAAUUUCAAUGGCGAAUUUCUAAUAUUUAGGAUACACUUUUUAAUGAAUAUGAAAUGAAUGAAUUUUGAGCAGUGAUUGGAAGAAUAUUUUUUACCUAACAUAUAAAUCUAGAUAAGUUCAUUGGACCGCUUAACCUGAAUUCCAUUUAAAAAAAAUAAUAAUUCAUUCAAGUGCUUACAUUUUUUUUUUAGUUUUUAACCACAUGCCUUAGCUUAAAUAAAAAGUGUAUUACUUUGUUUGGCACACUAUGGUUCGCAAAGCGAUUUGGUUGAAAUUUGCUUUCUUAUUUAUUACAAAAUUGGUAUAAAGAGAAAAGCAAAUAAUAUUGAGUUUCAAAACAAUAAGAUAUAUUUAAGUUAAAAACUUCAAGGAAGGUGUCUUUAUAAACCUAAUUUAGACAAAAGAGUUUUGUUUUAUUUUUAUAUUAUGAAAUGUUUUGGCGUUACGUUGACUUGUUAUUUAAAUUCUUAUCUAUUGAAUAAGUUUUAAAAAAAAAUACCUUUUUCAUUUCAGUCACUCAAUCGAAGUCUUAAUGUUUGGGCGCCACUUGGUUCUAAAUUAUUUAAGUUUUAAACAUGAAAGAGGAGUAUUUCCCCAACCAAUACCCUUUGUUUUUUAUAAAAUUAAAAAACUUUAUAAAAGAAAUGUUCGUAAUCUAAAUUUUCAUACCUAGAUAGGCCAUUGCAUUUGGGCAAAUAUUCAAAUUUGUAUAGAUACUUCUUAUCACUGUGUGAGUGGGUGACUGGAUGACUGUUUUUGAGUGAUUUUUGUGUGUGAGUGGGACUAACCCAUCGCUCGAAAGGACGCCCGAACCAUCCAAAUCGAAACUGACAUUGUUAACUCUUACAUUCACCCCGGAAUGACAAGAGCCCCCGAUUUUUGGGGGGGUAUUUUGAGAGAGAGCGGAGGGAGACGGCGGCCCAAACCCACCCCCUCCCGCCCCCCUCUUCAGAAGAUAUUGGUGGAGGAUCCCAGGCAAAGGCAUAAGCAUUUUCUACAAGUAUUACCCAACAUAUAUAUGUAUAUGUGUACGUCGCGUAUGAUUGUCCUAGAAAGGUGUGUAGACUAGUGUGUUAAGGAACCACUGUGGCAUUCGAAUUUUGAUACCCACAAUCGAACAUAACCCCAAAAAAAAAUAAAAAUAAAAUGCAGCAAGGAAAAACAGUCGCAAAAAAAAGGGAAAAACCAGAAAAAAAACAAACGCUUACUGAUGUAAAACAAAGACUUAAAACUUAAAAAAAAAAACAAAUAAAUAUGAAUAUAAAUGGUAAAAGAAUUUUUUUAAUAAAUGUUAUUGAACAAUGUAAGCUGAAUAAAAAAAACAUCCUCUUAGCCCGGCCCUCUUCCCACUUCCCACUGUAAACCAGUUCCCUCAAUAAAAUCAAGUUACCCAAUUUAUUACCUAAGGAACUACUAUAUGAUGUACUUAAAUGUUCAUGAGAAUUGCAAGCAUAAUCUAACUGUUCGAUAGCUUUUCUGUUUGGUUUUUGUAUUGUAUGUUAAUUUGUUACUACAAGAAAGCCAAUGGAGAAUAUUAUAAAUAAUUAUCUACAUUUCAAGACAAGUUCGCUUGUGCUCCUGUACAUUAAAUACUGGUAACUAUAGUUAUACUAAACUGUAAUAUUACCAUUACUUGUUCGUACAAGUAAAGAGAGUCCAGAGAACCAGAAAAACCGUUACAUAAGUGCAAUAUCUAAGUGUAUGUUUGUAUAGCCAAUAAAGUAUUUGACCUAAGAAACAGUCCCUGCAAAAAAAACAAAGCAAAACAUAUAUAGAACAACCUCAGAACAAGAAAACCAACCAAAAAGGAAUCACUUCCGAUAGAUUGGAGCCGAAAACCCCCAGAAAACCUGAACAGAAAUUCAACUUAAGGCUAUAAAAGCCAAAGAAACUAAAAACACAAUAUUACCCAUAAAAGAUCCUAAGAAAUCCAAAGUGUAACCAGAAAUAGAAAAGAAGAAAACAAAAGAUACAAAACCUAUAGCUUAAUUGGUGUUAUUGAUCCCCUAGGAAAUCAGUCAAUCCUGCACUAUCAAAAUUUUGUAUUUCCAAUACCACUUCUCUAGGAGUAGGUUCUUAGUUUUACUUUUACUUUUACUUUCCUAUAAACCCAUUCGACCGCAUUUUAAUUUAUACUUUACAAAUGGGGACAAAUCUCUUGCCCUACGCGAAUUCUUCAGUUGCCAAUCUCGUUCUCAAGUGAGAAAAGCCCGACUUUUAAUCAAUUAUAUCAAUGAACAAAGCAAAAUCUGGUGCAACAAGAAAACUAAAUGUAAACGGCAGCAUUUCCAAAAGGGUUUCACUUAAAUGUUCAAAGACGCAUAUAUCAAAAUUCAAUAUCUAACUGUACAACCAAGUUUAUCAAGUGUCUGGCAGGUCAUUUAUAAGUAAGCCUAAAUGUAAGCAGUUAAGAUAUUAAAUUCCCAAAGAAAAAAACCCUAAGAAAAGCAAAACCAAUAAUUAAACGCUUUCAGUGUGCAAAAACCGAAUAACUAUUAAUGUUAAAAAAAAAUAAGAAAACCAGCUAAGCUAAAAACUACAUUCUUGGAAAAUAGUAACAGGAAAACAUUUUGGGGACUGGGGACAGAUAUUGUGACAAAAACAUAAAUAAGAACACUUUGAUGUAUUUUGAAACAGAGAAGGCCAAGGUGCCAUUCAAUUCAAAGUUAGUUAUACAAAAGUUGUAAGUUUUUUUUUUUGUUGAUCAAUCUACAAAAAAACAAAUAGCAAGAGGUUUAAAUGGGCAUAAAACAUAGCUGUAUUUUUACUGUCGCUCUAUCGACUCAAAUAUACUGUUUGAACUGAAUGUACUCAUCUGAUUAAUAUAAAUGUAUUUACCGCAGAUAACCGAUAUACCGAAAAUAAACAAUAAGUGCUGUUUCUAUAUGUUUGUCCCGAUCAGCACCGCCCCUCUGCCGUAAUUAACCCACCCAACCACCGGCAGGCAGAGUGGUGCAAAGUGGUGCGAAACGGACUCACUUUUGAUAGCUGAUUAAAAACAGGCGGGAAACCGAACAAAAAAUACCACUCAGUGUGUAAAGCCGUGACUCCUUUUGAGCUGAAGAUAUCUACAAUAUACCCAAAAAAA